AUGUCUCCGAACAGGGAUUGCUUCAAAACCUACGAGCAGAUAGAUGGUGGUAACGUGGUCAUGGCAAAUGGAGCUAUCUGCAAGGUUGUUGGAAUCGGGUCCAUAAAGGUUCGGGCAUAUUAUGGUUCGUUCUGUACCGUGAAUGAUGUCAGGCAUGUUCCACGAAUGACAAAGAACCUGAUCUCCUUGAGUCUACUCGAAAGCAAGGGUUUCAGUUUCAAAGGAAAAGGUGGAGUUGUGUAUGUCUGCAAAGGUUCAAGGAAGGUGCUGAAGGGCGUGAAGCGUGGGACCUUGUAUGCAUUACAAGGGCCUGUGUUGUCUGGUUCUGCUGCAGUUGCAUCGUCUCAGGUUCAUCAGAAAGAUAUGACCACUCUCUGA